CCAUUACAAAACUUUCCGAAUUUGAUGGUCGAACUUGUGGGACUUAGUAUAUCAGUAAGACGUGUAGAAAAGUUUUUAAAUGAGAUUGAUAUUCAAAAAGACACUUCAGUUUCCAGUUCAUACACCAAACCUGUAGUUGGUUUUAGUGGUGUUGAUAUUUCUUGGAGUCAUGAUACGAAUAUCCGGGAUCCCAAUGAUUUCUCACUGAGGGAUAUGAAUGUAGAUUUUCCAAUUGGAAAAUUAAGUAUUGUUUAUGGCCCAAAAUCUUCUGGGAAAACACUUCUUUUUCUCUCGCUUCUUCGUGAAACAUUCUUAUUACGUGGUGUUAUUAAUUUUCCCUCAAAUUCAGUCGCUUAUGUUCCGCAACAAGCAUGGUUAGAAAAUACAACUAUUCGAGAUAAUAUAUUAUUUGGUUCCAAUUUUGUAGAAGAACGUUAUUGGAAUAUCGUUGACGCUUGUUGUUUACUUAAGGAUUUUGAAAAUAUGGAUGAAGCAGAUUUUACUAAGUGUGACGAAAAAGAUCUAAUAUUAAAAGAUGACCAAAAGGCUCGUAUAGCACUCGCGAGAGCGUUAUAUAGUUCCGCACAAAUAUUGCUUUUGGAUGAUUUUUUGUCAACUAUGGAUUCAUCAAUAGCACAUCAAAUUAUUGAGAAUUGCUUAAAAAGUCCAAUUAUUGAAGAACGGACUGUGAUAAUUGCAACAAACUAUGUUCGUCCCCUUUUAGACGUUGCUAGUUAUAUUGCAAUACUUGAUGAGGGAACUGUUAAAUCAAAAGGUACUCCUGAACAAAUACGUGGUCUUUUAAAUGAAGGAAUUCUUGGAAACGACGUAGAUAUAGAGAAAAGUCAAGAUAAAAAAUUUCGAAACUCGAUAAAUAAAACUUUUGAAAAAUAUAUCACUGAUAAGAAAAUUUGGGCAGCAGAAGAAG